AUGCCAGCUACCGCAGGAAUUUCCGACAUGCCGACUGAUGGCACCGGCGUGAUCAAGUUGGAUCCAUGGCUAGAGCCUUUCAGCGAUGCUCUCAGGCGCCGUUUCAGCAAAACGCAGGACCGAAUCAAGAAGAUAAAUGAUUCAGAAGGUGGCAUGGAUAGCUACACCAAGGGGAUCGACAAAUUUGGUUUCAACGUCUUCUCUAACGGUGAUAUUCGAUAUAGAGAGUGGGCACCAAAUGCCGUCAAAGCAUACUUGAUUGGUGAAUUCAAUGAAUGGAACCAAACCUCGCAUCCGAUGGCGAAGGAUGCAGAGGGUUCCUUCACAAUCGUUGUGCCCUCCAAUGCUGGUCAGCCUGCUAUUCCACAUAACUCCAAAGUCAAGAUAUCCUUGGUUCUGCCAACCGGUGAACGAGUAGACAGGAUUCCCGCCUGGAUCAAAUAUGUCACGCAAGAUUUGAGCGUGUCGCCUGUUUAUGAUGCUCGCUUUUGGAACCCGCCCGCAUCGGAGAUGUACCAGUUUAAGCAUCCACGUCCGAAGAAGCCUGACAGUGCUCGUGUAUAUGAAGCUCACGUUGGAAUUUCAACACCCGAGCAACGAGUUGCUACUUAUAAAGAGUUUACCCGUCAUAUGCUGCCCAGAAUCAAGCAUCUUGGUUACAAUGUCAUACAGCUCAUGGCCGUCAUGGAACAUGCUUACUAUGCCAGUUUUGGAUAUCAAAUAAACAAUUUCUUUGCGGCUAGCAGUCGCUAUGGUCCCCCUGAGGAUCUCAAGGAGCUCAUUGACACGGCGCACGGCAUGGGUAUCGUGGUUCUCCUAGACGUUGUGCAUAGUCAUGCGUCGAAGAACGUUCUGGAUGGCCUCAACAACUUUGACGGAACCGAUCAUCAAUACUUUCACGGUGGCAGUAAAGGUAAUCACGAUCAAUGGGACAGUCGGCUUUUCAACUAUGGGCACCACGAGGUCAUGCGCUUUCUGCUGAGCAACCUUCGCUUCUGGAUGGACGAGUAUCACUUUGAUGGUUUCCGCUUCGACGGGGUCACCAGUAUGCUAUACACCCAUCAUGGUAUCGGGGCCGGUUUCUCGGGAGGCUACCAUGAGUAUUUUGGAGAGGAUGUCGAUGAAGAGGCUGUCGUCUACAUGAUGCUUGCCAAUCAGAUGCUUCACUCCUUCUAUCCAGACUGUAUCACUAUUGCUGAAGAUGUAUCUGGAAUGCCUGCUCUUUGUGUCCCAGUAGGGCUUGGCGGUGUAGGCUUCGAUUAUCGUCUGGCCAUGGCAAUUCCGGAUAUGUGGAUCAAGAUCCUGAAGGAAGUACAAGACGAGCAGUGGGACAUGGCAAACAUUUGCUUCACUUUAACAAAUCGACGACAUGGUGAAAAGACUAUUGCAUACUGCGAGAGUCAUGAUCAAGCUCUUGUCGGUGACAAGACAUUGAUGAUGCAUCUUUGCGACGCCGAGAUGUAUACAAACAUGUCUACUCUGUCGCCAUUGACUCCGGUUAUCGAUCGCGGAAUAGCUCUACACAAGUUGAUUCGGCUGCUCACGCAUAGCUUGGGUGGCGAAGGUUAUCUGAACUUUGAAGGCAACGAAUUCGGUCAUCCAGAGUGGCUUGACUUUCCUCGCGAGGGAAAUCAAAACUCAUUCUGGUACGCUCGGCGUCAGCUCAAUCUCACCGAAGAUCAUCUGCUGCGGUAUCAAUUUUUGAACAAAUUUGAUGGCCUGAUGAACAAUUGUGAAUCACAGUACGGAUGGCUCCAUGCGCCUCAGGCAUACAUUUCCCUGAAGCACGAAGGAGACAAGGUCAUUGUAUUUGAACGAGCUGGUCUUGUCUUCGUGUUCAAUUUCCAUCCGAAUCAGAGCUUCAGCGACUAUCGAAUUGGUGUCGACGAAGCCGGCACGUACAAGGUUGUCCUACAGACUGACGGCAAAGAUGUUGGUGGUCACAGCAGAAUUGACGAGGAUAUUCGCUUCUUCACUACUCCAAUGGAAUGGAACGGUCGAAAGAACUGGACGCAGGUCUACAUUCCGACCAGAACGGCAAUAGUUCUGGCGCGCGAGGAUGCCGGUGCCCUCUGA